GGUGGCAGAAAUCUAUUUGACUAUCUCGCUAUCAUUUUCUUGCUUGACCCCAAGAAUUCAUCUGACUUCGACACUCUUGUAGUCUUGCAUUUAUUUCUGAACACUGCAUCUUGGUUCUCAUUCGAACAUUGCCCAACUAUCUUUGAGACACACAUUCUGGUCAAUCUGCUGUUCUAGCGAGCAUUCUGUAUGAGAUGACGCCUCGCCCAACAUGCCUUCAAGACAACGUUAUAUGAGCUACAGCUCGUCUGCACUUCCAACAGCAACAGCGACAUACGGUCACACAGAGCAACCAAGGCCACACUCGCAAUGUAUCUCGCCUCUGGAUUUCAACAGAAAUGCAUACUACAUGGAUGACUGCGCGUCGGUUGGCUCAUCUCUGAGCGAUGACAUGGUAGAUGAAGAAGAAAUCUUUGUCCCCCUCAACCCAAGAGCUUUGGCUGCAAUCCCUAGCCGUCUUCAAAAAAUCAUGCGCGAGAUACAGGCAGAACGGUACGAGACGCUGAAGAAAGAGUACCCAGACCUACGUGUCAUGACAGCCGAUUACUGGAUCAAACCUGUCGAGCAUGUUCGCAAAAAACCAAUCCGUUAUGACCGUGCUCCAACCCCUUUGUACUUUGCAGUGCCACCUCCAACAAGCAGGUGGGCCACACAUUCAGGAGUUGCGAAUUAUGCUUCACACGCACAACGUCCAACCACCUCUCAUGGUUGCUCUCUGACUCGAAGCGCCCAGAUGCUUAAUAAACGUGUGGCUCCAGCAAGAGAAUCCCGAGUCCUCAAUGGUUACCAUCAACCUAUGCCUCCGAAUCUAGCGGUGAACCAGAAGCACCGAAAGCAUCACAACAGGCGAUCCUCAGGCUUGAGGUCUCUGUCAGUCAAACCGGUCGCAUCGAAUUUGCGUGCGCGUCUCAAGCGGAGUUUAUCCCGUUUGAACAAGUGGAUGAAGAAUGAAAACUAG